GGUGGUGGUGGUGGUGGUUGUGGUUGGAAGCGCAGCAGCAUCAGCAUCAUCAGCAGCAGCAGCUCCAUGGAGCGGCGCGGUGCGUGGCAGUAAAUCCCACGCUGUGACCGCCGAGACUCGGCGGGGUAAAUACGACAUUUGAUCACCGACGUGCAGCGAGAGACCGGAUUUUUUGUUGUUGGUGGGGGGGGGGGGGGUUUACGAACCCCCAGCCCCCCACCCCCCGCACCCUUACGUGUUAUAGGCCUAAAUGGCCGCGCUAACCUAAAUACGCAUCGAGGAAGAGAGCAGCAGCAGCUGCAGCAGCUGCCGUCGUGAUCAUCCAUGGGAGCCCGCGCCGCGUCGAGAAUUCCGUGCCGCGCGCCCUCCUCCUCCUCCUGCUCGAUGCGCAGGCCGUCGUGUGACUGACCGAGUUGGGGGGGGGUGGGACGGUGGUUGGGGUUGGAGGGACGCCUACCCACGGCUCAGGCGUCGCCCGCCGUCUCCCUCCUUCCACGACCUCCCGAUGAAUUCCUACUUCGCGAACUCCCUCUUCGGCAAGUACAAGGCCGGCGAGGCGAUGCGCCCCACCUACUACGACUGCCGCCUGGGCGCAGACGGGAUGAGCGCCCGUCAGGCGGUCUUCUACGGACCCGCGGGGCACGGCGGAGCCGCCGCUGCGGCCGCUGCUGCCGCGGCAGCCGCAGCAGCAGCCGCCGCGGCUGCCGCGGCAGGAUUCGAUCUGCCGUCCGGGAUGGCGCAUGGCGGCGCGGGGUCCCACCACCACCACCACCCCCAGGACUUUUACCACCACCAACAGCAGCAACAGCAGCACGGAGGGUCCGGAUCGGCCGCGUACCCGCAGCCCGGUUCGUGCGCCGCGCUCGAACCGUCGGCCAACUUCUACGGCUACGCUGCGUUCCCGUGCGGGAGGCAGCCGGUGUUCGCCCUGCAGUCGGAGUGCGGCGGUGGCGGUGGAGGAGUAGCGGCUCAAUACCACGCCGACUUCAAGGCUCUGGGGCCCUGCGCGGAGGACGAGGUGGAGUUCCCUGGGCAGGGGGCGUCAUCAGCGCCGCUCUUCCCGUGGAUGAGGAGCCAAGUGGGACCGGGCAGGCGACGUGGCCGCCAGACGUACUCGCGCUACCAGACCCUGGAGCUGGAGAAGGAGUUCCUCUUCAACCCGUACCUGACGCGCAAGCGGCGCAUCGAGGUGUCGCAUGCGCUCGGCCUCACCGAGCGCCAGGUGAAGAUCUGGUUCCAGAACCGGCGCAUGAAGUGGAAGAAAGAGAACCACAGGGACAAGUUUCCGGCGCGGAAGGAGGACAUGCUGCUCAAGGAGCCCGACAAAGCCGACGACAACUCGGCGGACGAGGGCUCGGAGGGCACCUCGAAGAACGAGGAUGCGGAAUGACGAUCGGUGGCGAUUGGUGAUGAUUGGUGAUGAUUGGUGGUGAUUGGUGAUGAUUGGUGAUGAUUGGUGAUGAUUGGUGAUGAUGACGGUGAUGGUGACGGUGGUGAUGGAGCAGCACGGAAGGGGGGUGGGGUGGGGGAGGCUGUGGCGCGCGUGGCAAGUCCGCAAGCGUGAGGGCAGAGCGCGCUUAGUUUGUUCUCCUACCCCCCCUCCCCCGCACCUCCAAUGAGCACCGUUUGCUGCGUACGGUGCGAACGAAGUUCAACAUCGGACCUGACGAAGAGCAGCGCGCACAACCAUCGUCCGCUCUGCUGUCGCCGGAUGCGUGACCGCCCCCCCCCCCCUCUCCGGCUCUCGACUCGCCUGGCGGUGAUCUACGACGGCGACGAUCCGAGAGCGAGUCGUCAGCCUGGUUCGAACGGGCAAAAAGAAGAAAACAAAACAAAAACACCCACCUUAAAUCUGGCCUCGUCAAAUAAUAAUGAUGAUCGUGAUUAUUACACCCGCCUCUGUGAAGCGAAACAAAAACCGCAGUGUGCGGAUUGCGAUGUCUGUGCGUGUGAGCGUGUGCGUGUGUGAGAGUGUGAGCGUGUGUGCGUGUGAGCGUGUGCGUGUGUGCGUGUGAGCGUGUGCGUGUGUGCGUGUGAGGGUGUGAGCGUGUGCGUGUGUGCGUGUGAGCGUGUGAGCGUGUGCGUGUGUGCGUGUGAACGUGUGCGUGUGAACGUGUGCGUGUGAGCGUGUGUGUGCGUGUGAGCAGUGUGCGUGUGAGCGUGUGAGCGUCUGCGUGUGAGCUUGUGCGUGUGUGCGUGUGAGCGUGUGAGCGUGUGCGUGUGAGCGUCUGCGUGUGAGCGUCUGCGUGUGAACGUGUGUGUGUUUGGGGAGCGGUGGCGUAGCGGUUAGCGCGCUGCGUUACGAAUCCGGCGAGCCGAGAAAAAGGUGGAUGCCCGCUCACGGCCACCAACACCAGUGACAGCGAUUAUCCGAACUGGGCUUUGUGCCUCCCUUAGGUCGACUCAGCCUUAAAUGAGUACCUGGUGCAGUGUGUAAACGUGGCCACCUGGGAGAUGUCAGCGGUGGGGGCGUGCUGGUGGCCACCCUUCGCGCGCGGUGCCGGCCUUCAGAGAUGGUGCUCGCUAACAGCACUUGCCCCAACAGUCUGUGCAGGCUAUACGAGGGAUCUUUGUCUUUGUGUGAGCGAGGCGUGUGUGUGCGGUGUGUGUGUGAGCAGUGUGUGAGCGGUGUGUUUGUGUGUGUGAGCAGUUUGUGUGUUUGUGUGUGUGCGGUGUGUGUGUGAGCGGUGUGUGAGCGAGGCGUGUGCGUGUUUGUGUGUGUGAGCGGUGUGUGUGUGUUUGUGUGUGUGUGUGAGCGGUGUGUGUGUGUUUGUGUGUGUGUGUGAGCGGUGUGUGUGUGAGCAGUGUGUGUGUUUGUGUGUGUGUGUGAGCGGUGUUUGUGUGUGUGUGUGUGAGCGGUGUGUUUGUGUGUGUGUGAGUGAGGCGUGUGUGUGAGCGGUGUGUGUUUGUGUGUGUGUGUGAGCGGUGUGUGUGUUUUUGUAUGUGUGUGAGCGGUGUGUGUGUUUGUGUGUGUGAGCGGUGUGUGUGUUUGUGUGUGUGUGUGAGCGUGUUUGUGUGUGUGUUUGUAUGUGUGUGAGCGGUGUGUUUGUGUGUGUGAGCGGUGUGUGUGUGAGCAGUGUGUGUGUGUGUUUGUGUGUGUGUGUGUUUGUGUGUGUGUGUGAGCGGUGUUUGUGUGUGUGAGCGGUGUGUUUGUGUGUGUGUGAGUGAGGCGUGUGUGUGAGCGGUGUCUGUGUUUGUGUGUGUUUUUGUAUGUGUGUGAGCGGUGUGUGUUUUUGUAUGUGUGUGAGCGGUGUGUGUGUUUGUGUGUGUGAGCGGUGUGUGUGUUUGUGUGUGUGAGCGGUGUGUGUGUUUGUGUGUGUGAGCGGUGUUUGUGUGUGUGAGCGGUGUGUGUGUUUGUGUGUGUGAGCGGUGUGUGUGUUUGUGUGUGUGUGUGAGCGG